AACGACAUGGCUCGUACUAAACAAACUGCUCGUAAAUCUACCGGUGGAAAGGCUCCACGGAAACAGUUGGCUACCAAAGCUGCUCGUAAAAGUGCGCCUGCAACGGGAGGAGUGAAGAAACCUCAUCGCUAUAGGCCUGGAACUGUAGCUCUCAGAGAAAUUCGAAGAUACCAAAAAAGUACGGAACUCUUAAUCCGUAAAUUACCUUUCCAACGUCUCGUACGUGAAAUAGCUCAAGACUUCAAAACCGAUCUUCGUUUCCAAAGUUCUGCUGUGAUGGCUUUGCAAGAAGCCAGCGAAGCUUACCUCGUUGGACUUUUCGAGGAUACCAACUUGUGUGCUAUUCAUGCCAAACGAGUUACAAUCAUGCCAAAGGACAUCCAACUCGCUCGUCGUAUUCGUGGAGAAAGAGCUUAAGUUUUAAGGCGCUCCACCUUUUACACAACAAUCGGCCCUUUUCAGGGCCCCAUUUUUUUUAAAUCGAAGAACACUUUCGUGAUCAUUUUAUUAAAACUUCAAAUAUA